AUGGAUGCUAGCCACAACAUGGGCUACUACCACGGCGAAGGCUGGCACGCUGCAAGCUUCGCUGCACAAGGACACGCGUGGCACGAGGAUGCGACGUGGGCAUGGCAUGAAGGAGUUUGGCACCCUGGAUGGUCUGAUGCUGCUUGCUCUUGGGACGGAUCCUGGUGGGGCGAAGCCGUGGCAGAGGAAGGCGAUGCUUGGCCGCAGGCCAACAGCGUAGACCACCUCGGUCCCAAAACCGCGGCGGACGAGCGCACCGCCCAGAUUCAUUUCGCAAAGACUUACCAGGUGCUCAACGAGGCCAUCGAGAAGCAUCCUGCUGCCUUCAGAGACAAGUUCUCAUUUCUGGACUUGGGCUGUGCGCCCGGCGGCUUUUCGCAGCGGAUGCUGGAGGAAUCCACCUUGCCGGCCUUUAUUUUGCUGACCAGUGGUCACUGGCCUCGUGACGGCAUCGGCAAUGGUGCAUCGGGUCUGGUCAUGUCUGUGGCUGUGGCCCCGCAAAUCACGUUCUGGACACUGGGAGAGGAUGCACGUGGGCGAGAAGCAGACGGGUUGGAGGUGCCCCACAUGUUGGACUGCGAAGGAGAAGGCUGGCCCCAGGAGUGGCGUUAUUUUCGCCUGGCUGCAGCGGAGGCUGUGGCCAAUGGCUUCGAAAGGUCAGAAGCAUUGGAGAGAAUGGCCUUGAAGAUAGAGGAGCAGUGGAAUCACUGGGUCUGCCCGAGAUCUCGGCAUGGGGAGGAGUGCCGCAGCAGCUCAGAGCUUGGCUUUGACUUCGUCGCCGAAUUGCACAGAGAUUGUCGCGACUCAAACAACUUCGAGCGCUACCUCAUCAGGCACUAUUUUGAGAAUACCAAGACUGAAUACCAAGCACUUCAGGCACCCUCGGGCUUCUGUUUGUAUGGAUAUCUGACGGCCCUGAUGGUGCUCGCCUGGCACAAGCUCCCAGAGCAUGUCGGAGACGCUUUGCGACGUGUCUACACCGCGCGGCACCUUCUAGGCCACUAUCAUUCCUUUGACUUCUUGGAGUCUUCUUCCUGGCCGGUCUCUUCAUUCCUCGUGCUGGUGAACUUCCACGCCGGCGGUACUUGGAUCCCGUUGAACUCUGCUCCAGACUAUGCACAUCCUGGACAGUACGGCUCAGCCUUCUACUACGAGCGGCUGGCCUGGCGUGGUACCGCGGAGGCUCUGAAAUCAGCUCCCGGGGCCGCUCCCUUCUUCCUCCUUCCCGGGGAAGGUCCUCCUCACGAGUGGCGUGGACUCGGAGCUCCGAAGCAGCAUCUCGUCGUCUGGCAGUUCUGCAUCCACACUUCGACGGCCGGUGAGGCUGUGACGAUGAUCACUCGCUUCCUUCAUGACGACUACCGCAUCGAGUUCCGUGGCAACUCACUCGCCAUGCAACUGUGUGCUAACUACCGACCAUCGCUGUGCGCAUCUGGCCGAAACCGAGAGUACCUCGAUUGGUUGUCAGCACGAUUUGAGGCAGAGGAUGCCGCCUUUUCCGAGCUCUCGGAGAGUUUUCAAAAAGAGAUGAUGCCACAGCUUGCAGAAGCCGAUGUAUGGAUGUGUUCGAUCCCUGCCGUGUGGUGCUGGCUGCUUUGGGAUGCGGCCAAAGCUCAUCAUCGGCUCCAUGGCGCGCAUCCGCCGAUUUUUGCCUACCUAGGUCUGCCGAUACUGCAGUAUGUCCACCGAGACGACCGCACGUCCUUCUUGGAGGCUUUCGUCGAAAUGGGAAAAAGUGAGAGGAACAUCCUGGCUGCCAACAAUGCGUACUUGGCCGAGGAGGUUGCAUGGCAAACUGGUCUCAAAAUACCGACUCUUCGAAUCCAUGGCCUGCACACGAAUGCUACCUACUACCCGCUUCGUAAUUCAGAGGUCCUGGUCUCACGUCCUGGGACAAGUGGCGGAUGGCAAGAGUGCGUUCUGGAUCGUUUUGUGGACGCGAACCCCCAGUACAAAUUGAAAUUCGUGCAGUUCACAAACUUGUUGAACCCGGACACAACAGAAGAGGUCUACAACAACACGCUCUCAUACCGGUCUUUGGCGCAGUUCCGGGCUGUGGUGGGAUUCCCUUAUGAUACCUCCUUGAUGUUUUUCUGGGAGUUCUACUCGAUGAACAUGCCAACUUUCGUUCCUUUCCAACUCUGGCAUUGGGGCGUGUUCGGUCAGCACACGCGACCAGACUUGGAGCAGCCUAGAAUUUUCCCUGGAGAAGGCCAUGCACUCUCAUCUUUGAUUGCAGAAGAGGACCGGCUUCCCUACUCGCCCUUUUUUGACGGCUUUGGCCCUCUGGAUGUGGAACGUUCGAUCUUUUGGUCCAAAUACACCGACUGGGCGAUGUUCCCUCACGUGCAGUACUUCCAGUCAGUGCCAGAUCUCAUGAUUCAGCUCAUCACGCUCGAUCUGCAGGCGGUGUCUUCAGCCAUGAAGAACUUCAACGAGGAGUGUCUCAUGAAAAGCGUGGCGGCAUGGCGCUAUGUAGUGGAGCGCUGGCUAGAUCUCGAAACUCUGACUGGGUGA